GGUUGCCCGUCCCGCGACCAGUCCGCCGCCAGCCGAGAUGCUGUCACCGCUGUCUGCACUCCGUCGCGCCCUGCUGGCCCGCCCCUGGAGGGCGGCCGGGCUGCGGUGGAAGCACAGCCCCUCCCUGAAGGUGGCCAACGAGCCCAUCUUGGCGUUCACGCAGGGCAGCCCCGAGCGAGAGGCUCUGCAGAAGGCCUUGAAGGACCUGAAGGGCCAGACGGAAGCCAUCCCGUGCGUGGUGGGGGACGAGGAGGUGUGGACGUCGGACGUGCAGUACCAGGUGUCGCCCUUUGACCACAGACACAAGGUAGCCAAGUUCUGCUAUGCAGACAAGGCCCUGCUCAACAAAGCCAUCGAGGCCGCCCUGGCUGCCAGGAAGGAAUGGGACCUGAAGCCUGUGGCCGACCGGGCCCAGAUCUUCCUGAAGGCCGCAGAUAUGCUGAGUGGGCCGUGCAGGGCUGAGAUCCUGGCCAAGACCAUGGUGGGGCAGGGCAAGACUGUGAUCCAGGCGGAGAUCGACGCCGCUGCAGAGCUCAUCGACUUCUUCCGGUUCAACGCCAAGUUUGCGGUGGAGCUGGAGGGGGAGCAGCCCCUCAGCGUGCCGCCCAGCACCAACAGCAUGGUGUACCGGGGGCUGGAGGGCUUUGUGGCGGCCAUCUCACCCUUUAACUUCACGGCGAUCGGAGGCAACCUGGCAGGGGCACCGGCCUUGAUGGGCAAUGUGGUCCUGUGGAAGCCCAGCGACACGGCCAUGCUGGCCAGCUAUGCUGUCUACCGCGUCCUCCGGGAGGCUGGCCUGCCCCCCAACAUUGUCCAGUUUGUGCCAGCCGAUGGGCCCACAUUUGGGGACACCGUGACCAGCUCAGAGCACCUUUGUGGCAUCAACUUCACAGGCAGCGUGCCCACCUUCAAACACCUGUGGAAACAGGUGGCCCAGAACCUGGACCGGUACCGAACCUUCCCACGCCUGGCUGGAGAGUGCGGCGGGAAGAACUUCCACUUCGUGCACCGCUCGGCCGACGUGGACAGCGUGGUGAGCGGGACCCUGCGCUCGGCCUUCGAGUACGGCGGCCAGAAGUGCUCCGCCUGCUCUCGCCUCUACGUGCCCAGCUCCCUGUGGCCGCAGAUCAAAGGGCGGCUGCUGGAGGAGCACAGCAGGAUCAAAGUGGGCAACCCUGCAGAGGACUUUGGAACCUUCUUCUCCGCAGUGAUUGAUGCCAAGUCCUUCAGCCGAAUCAGGAAGUGGCUGGAGCAUGCGCGCUCCUCGCCCAGCCUGACCAUCCUGGCCGGGGGCAAGUGCGACGACUCCGUGGGCUACUUCGUGGAGCCCUGCAUUGUGGAGAGCAAGGACCCCCAGGAGCCUAUCAUGAAGGAGGAGAUCUUCGGGCCUGUGCUGACGGUGUACGUCUACCCUGAGGACAAGUACCGGGAGACCCUGCAGCUGGUGGACAGCACCACCAGCUACAGCCUCACGGGGGCAGUGUUCGCCCAGGAUAAGGACGUUAUCCAGGAGGCCACAAAGAUGCUGAGGAAUGCUGCUGGUAACUUCUACAUCAAUGACAAGUCCACUGGCUCCGUGGUGGGCCAGCAGCCCUUCGGGGGGGCCCGCGCCUCUGGAACCAACGACAAGCCGGGGGGUCCCCACUACAUCCUGCGCUGGACGUCGCCCCAGGUCAUCAAGGAGACGCACGCGCCCCUGGGGGACUGGCGCUACUCAUAUAUGCAGUGACCCCCGAGCCUCUCCAUCACCCGUGUCCACCCAGACCCCUGGCCAGCUCCCGUGGACAGCUCCCCUCUACAGCCAUGCUGGACGCCCUCCUGGUCACUGGUGUCGGGUGCCUGGGGAGGAACAGGACACUGUCCCCUCUCCUGUCAGCCCUCCUGGAAGUCUCACUUGGCAGGAAUGACCCUGGUGCCCCCCUCCCGCACUGGGCCCGAGGGCUCAGGGACAUGGGGGACAGAGGGAGCAGCUCUUGGGACCCUGUGGGGAAAGGCGGCAGCUCGGGGCUCCAGGGAGCCUCACUGCUCGCCGGCUCCCGGCCUUGGCCAGGCCCCUGCAGGUGUCCCAGGGGAGGUGUGGCUCGGACGGCGCCUCUGACCUUGCCCUCCGUGGCCUGGGCCUCUCACCUUCCUGGCUGUGUCCAGAACCACCUGAGCCAGGGCCCUGCGCCCAGCCAGACGCCUUCCACGCCGUGCCUUCCUCCAGGCCGUGCUGGCCUAGGCCCGCCGCUCCUGGCCACCUGCCGCCGCCGUGGGGGAAGGGAGGGUCCUGUGUGGGCUGGUUCCACAACACCCUGUGGGGGCCUCUGUUCUUGGCUCCUUAGCCCUGCAGUCCCGCCCAUAGAGACGUCCACUUCAGGGCCGUCUCCGGCCAGGAGUCCCCUGCAGAGCCCAGUCUGCCCAGGCACAUGCUGAUGCCCCUGCUCCCAGACGUGGCCUGUGGACCCCCUCCUUAGUGUGAGUGGCCUGGGGCUCGCCCCUCAGUGCCCGGUCGUGGGGGCAGCCAGUCGAUGGCCAGGGCGACUCCUCCAGGCUGGGUGCUGGUGCUCAGGAGGAGCGACUUUCCCAGCCCAGGGCAUGCUGGGACCCUGGUGUGGCUGUUCCUAAGUGCCCUGAUUGACCCCGUGGCCCCCAGCCCAGGUGGACACCCCUGCCGCCUGGGCGUGGGCUCUGUGUCCCUCAGAAUCUGUCUGUCUGUCUCCCAUGUGGGCCGGGGGUUGCGGGAGCAGCUGGCGGAGUCCUGGUUCUACACUGUGAGGUGGGGGCGGGGUGCACCGUGCCACCCAAUAAAAUGCCUGUCACCUAGUCA